AAACUGCUGGCUGCAUGAAAUUCAGCCAGUUGAUUUUUAACAAGCCUUGAAAUGACUUCGAUCCUCCUGAAAACAGCGAUUUUCGCUGCCCUUUGCGCGAUGGUCAACGGUCAGAAUGAUUCCGCAACGGACUGCUCCAGUUUGGAUUUUUCGACAAUUCCGAAAACUUGCUGCAGCCAGCCGUACGGAGAACUUUUGCCACUUUCCAAAAUCCAGGGUGCACAAGCAUGCAAAGCAACUGCCGCCAUGAUGAAUUGGGUCAAUACAUAUCAGCUUAAUAAUCUGCAAUCCAAAGACAUCAAAAACUUCAUCGACGACAAAUCCAAGUCAUACCUGUCAACCAUUUGCACACCAGCUACCGUGGUCAACUGCAUCUUUGGCGCCAACGAUUUUGUUAAUUCGUCUGGAUCGAUCAAUAUUCAAAAUCUAAAAGCAUUCCUGUCAACGAACGCGCCAAACACAACUUGGGGAAACAUCAUGAACACAAUUUUGGACCCAAUGAACUCUGAUUACAACACAGCUUAUCAAUUUACAGACAUCGUCGAGGACAACUUUGAGAAGGUUGUUUGUCCAACAGGAAACGUCAACUUACUUCCAAUUAUUAUGAUGCAAAUGCUUCAGAGUGAAAUAAUUUGGAUGUGUCCUAAGCAGGCGGUUUACGAUACAAAAAAUAAAUGCAGCGAGACAAUGAAGAAUUUCCAGUACUGCGAUGGAAAAAUCUACUCGAACACCGCAAAGGGAAUAUUUUUCUUCCCCAACGUUUAAAUAUAAAGUUAUAUCAAACUCUAAAUUUUGAUUUUGUGUGUUUCUUUGCAUGGAAAAAAAAUUGUACUUCAUUAAAAUUAUGUUUGGA